AUGUCCCUUAAAGAUGCGGUGAGGCAUCUGCUGCUCGCCGCCACGUUUGCCCCAACACACCGGUGUGAGCCGAGCCACCGUCCCCUCCAAUUCCGCCCGUUUCCCAGCGCACAAAUCGGGGCCACCCUGCUCACAGCUGCAUUCGGAUCCAAUCCUGCUGCUUACCGCACAACUCUGCCAGCCCCUCCUGCCCCUCCUUGGAAGGCCUCCGAGGCCUGUGGGCCUGGCCCUCCUGUCAGCGGCUGGGCGCAGCGAGGGCCACCCUGCGCCUGCGCACAGCUGCCCCGGGGCUGCGCUGGUGACCGCCUGGGCCCACCCCCCUUUGUCGGCCUGCCUGGUACCUUAUGGAGACCUGAGGGUCACCUCCGCCCAUCCUGCCGCACUCGGCGCGGGACGCCCGUAACCUGCAGUGUGGCCGCGGUCUGUGGGGACAGCUCCUGUGCUCUUGGCACGCUGCUGCCUGUCCCCGCAGCCGAGGCCGGUGGACCUGGGUCCCGGGAUGAGAAAGGAUCCCCGGCGACGUCAGCUUUCGAAGCUCCCGUAGCUAGCAGCGGGCCGCGGUGGAGCGGGAGCUGCUCAGCGACAAAGCCCGCGUGCUCGGUGGCCUUCCAAGGAGGGGCAGGAGGGGCUGGCAGAGUUGUGCGUGAAGGACUCUGGCUGGCACAGGAUAAAAGACAACUAAGACAUCGAUGCCAGGGGUUGAGCAGGCAGCUGACCUCCGUACACCCGGUGUGGUGGAGCAGACAGCCUGUGAGUGCCCAGGACGCUCAGCCAGGGACGGCCAGGGUCCUGCCCCGGAGCACAGCCUCCUGGCGACAGGUGAGGGAGCUGUCACUGCUCCUUCUCUGCGGCACUGGAGACCUGCAGCCUGGUGAGUCCUGGCAGCUCCUGCUCAUUUCUGCAGCUGGCUUCCAGCAGCUUCGAAGGGCAGCAUUGUGUGUGGACGAGCGAGGCAAGCGCGGUGCCCUCCUGGAAAGGCCUCGCCUGGUGAGGGACCCUCACCCACGGGAGCAGGGCCGCCGGCGGCCGUGUGACAGAGCCGCUGGGCCGGCACCGGGAGUGGGAGCUUUGUACUUUUCAGAGGUGUGGCUUGGCCCUCAGUCCAACGCUGAAUACCUGGGAAGCAGGAGAGGAGGAUGGAGGGAAAGCGGGGAGAAGAAAGGAGAGAGAGAAACAAACGUGGAAGUGAAGUGGUGAAGAGAAAAGGGGAGAGGGAGGCGCCCGGGGCAGAGCCAGCCCCUGCCAUUAGAGCAGCAAGAGGCAGCGGCACACACCUUGCACCUUCGAGCUGCAUCACAUCUCCCACCCAGGACACAAGAUCAGAACCCCGGCAGCAGGAAGCAAACCUCACACCACAAGCCCCCUGCUGCACUUGGAGACCCAGCUGUCUUGCCAGUGAAGCCCGGCAGAGUGGGGCUGUGUGCAGCGUCCACACCGACCAAGACUGCACGGCCAGCCGGGGUGGCAGAGACACGGGGUGGCCGCUGGUCUGUGGCAGGGGCCAGAGGCUGCAGGUCGUCACUUCUUUGUGUUCUGGCCCUGGGCCCAGCCCUCCUCGGGUCUCAAGGCUGCUCUGAAGCGCACUCUGAACCGCUCGCUCGUGGGGCUGAACAGCAUGUGACAGCUGAGCAGAGGAGGUUUUCAGCUUCCAUGCCCUCCCCGGGCUUCCUGAGUGGCUGUGGAGCCUUGGACCCAUCUGGGGCUGCUCAGCAGAGCUUGCACUCUGCUCUGGUGCCAUCUCCAGCUCCUCCCGCGCCCUCCCUUCCCAGCUCCAGCCUCCAAAUGUUCCCCAGCUCUGGGUUUUCCUGCACCCCGCCCCGGUGACGGCUCAAGGGAAUGUUAAGCUUUUGGACUCUGGCAUGGUUUAGAGGGUUUUUGCCCUUGGUGCUUUUCUGAAAACAGCAACGGGUAAGAAUUUUGUGGAGAAAACACAGUAUUAUUUCAUCUCACAGCAAGGGGGAAUGUGCAAACACACCUGUGUUUUUCUGAUCUUCCCAGCCCUGAGGCGUCCCAGAGCCCAGAGGUUUGAGGACCCUUGGGAAAACAAAGGAGCUUGGGGAUGCAGAAGUUAAUGGCUCCUGGGGAGUGUGUCCUGCCACCUGCUCUCUCGGGCCACAGGAAUUUCAACACCAAACCCCCGGGUGGCAGCAGGCACCAGCAACCGCAAGUGAAAGUGAGCUGUGAUUUUUCUGUCCUUUCACUGAAAACGUUUCUCCAACCGCCCUUCCCCUUUCAGGAAUCGCCAGAGUUUCCUCCCUUCCCUGUGGUGAACACCUCAAGGAAAGGCGCCUCCUUUCCUGGAAUGCAGGCUGGACAGCAGCUGUCUCUCCCCCAGGAGACUUGGAGAGUGGCUUCUAAGCAGACUGCCCGUGGGAGCAUCUCGAAUCCCAUGGACAGGAAGCUGAGGUCAUCAAUUGCUUUCUCCUUGCUGUCUAGGGUCAGUGCGUUUCAUACUUCCUGUCAUCUCCUCUGACAUCAUGCACCACCCUGCUAACCCAUUUCCUCACACAGAUUUCUAGCCAGCGGUGAAAAGAUACUAUUGAUAUUUCUGUGUUUAAGAAAAGAUGCUAAUGGGAAAGGGCUGAGGAACCACUGCGGAUUGACCCCCCGAGAGGUCAAGUAAAAUAGGGCAGCAACUCAGGAAAUGGGAUCAGAAUGGUCCUUUGGGAAGAGGAAGUUAAACGAAUGGCCGGCAGCCUGUUAAUGUUUUCCUCUGCAGCCGCAGAUAGCUAACGUGGGUGCGCGGGCGGGGCGCCGGGCGAGAACGGAGGGCCGUGUCUAUCGGCACUCAGCUCCAGGGUGUGGGGCAGUGUAACCCCAGCUUCAGGUCAGGGCUAAUGCCGAACUUUGAAAGCUGCCACAAGAAGCACACCAUGCCUUGAGGGCAGUAAGUGGAUGUUCUCACCGCACGGAGAGCAGUUAUCGCCGUAAGUAGGCUGUGGCUGCGGCGCACUGGGCUGAUGCGGGCCUGGAUGGGCGCGAGGAAGGAGCAAGAUAACCAGGCGGUAGCAGGCCUUGAAGAGGCGGCCCCUGCCUAGCUUCAGCCGCUGACUUUACCUUUGCAGCACUCAUCACGCGGCUGUGUCGCUGAGGAACCUGCGCUCGGGCCGCCUCUGUCUCUCAGCCGAGCUGAUGACCCGGCCAGCCUGUGUCCUAGAGAGACUGCAUCUGCUUCCCGCUUCCCAGAAACCAGUCUCCUUCUGCCCCAGAGAGAGGCUGUGUGCACCGAGCAGUUCUGUACCCAGAUACCCCCCAAAGACAGCAUACGACAAGCGCUGCCACGGGGCACGGUGACACGCGGAGGACAGCCAGGCAGCCUUCCAAAGAGGACUGUGACUGCAGGCGUGUGCUCGAGUUUGUGUUUGCUCCUCGGAUACUGAGCCCCCUCCACGCUCCGCAAUUGCACAGCUCCUGUUGGUGCCAGAGACCACGCGAGACCCUGCUCCGCUGGACGCUGGUUUAACAGCUGCUGCCUGUGCCUCACAUCCUGCUCCCGCUGCCGCAGGCGGCCUCCGCGAUGUGUUCCUCACGCCGUUUCUGUGAGCCUGGGAGUGGAACUUCAGCUGAAGGAGGCAGGCCAGGCCUGGCGGCACUCACCGGUAAUCACAGCAUUCCGGGAGGCUGCGGCAGGAGGAUGGCAGGUUUAAGCCAGCCUGGGCCACUUAGCAGCGUAAUGAGACCCUGUUUCAAAAAUUUAAUUAAGAACUUGGGAUGUGGCUUGGUGUGGAGCCCUCGGGUGCAAGCCCCGGUACUGCACCAACAAAAUGAAACAAAAUAAAACAAGCAAGUGAACAAGAUGAAAGAAAGCAAGAAAGGGGCCCGGAUAGAGCU